AGAGGUAAACUCGCCGAAUCCCCUGCCGGGAUCUCGUCUUGCUCUGUUCUUUUUGCGUUUUAGAUCGCGCUAGCUCGUCCCGGGCUCCGUUUCGGUGGAUUUGGUCCAGCCAUUUUGGUUCUCCUCCUUGUCUUCUUGACCCCGCGCGGCAUGACCCCCGGCUGGUCGCCGCCGCCUGCAUGCACGAUGGGGAUGCGGUUCUCGGCAUAGUGAAUCCACGCGCACAGGUUUUAGCCUCGGUUGUAUCGGGAAAAGCUUUGUUGUAUCAUGCAGGAUUUUUCCAUACCUUCGUAGUUCGUAAUUAGUUCAUUUCGGAGCAGAGGCUUUGGUGAAAUCGGCGGCGAGAACUGGGGGAGCGGAAUCGAGAAUGGGGAGCAGCGAGAAGACUGUUACUGCUUAUGGCGAGUACACCUAUGCUGAGCUGGAGAGGGAGCCCUACUGGCCAAGUGAGAAGUUGAGGAUUUCGAUUACUGGGGCUGGUGGUUUCAUUGGAUCCCACAUUGCUCGCCGUCUGAAGAGCGAGGGCCAUUAUAUCAUUGCCUCUGACUGGAAGAAGAAUGAGCACAUGACCGAGGACAUGUUCUGCCAUGAGUUCCACCUGGUUGAUCUCAGGGUCAUGGACAACUGUCUGAAGGUUACCCAAGGCGUCGAUCAUGUAUUCAAUCUUGCUGCUGAUAUGGGUGGCAUGGGGUUCAUCCAGUCAAACCACUCUGUCAUCAUGUACAACAACACCAUGAUCAGUUUCAACAUGCUAGAGGCUGCACGUAUCAAUGGUGUGAAGAGGUUCUUCUACGCCUCCAGUGCAUGCAUUUACCCUGAAUUCAAGCAGCUUGACACAAAUGUGAGCCUGAAGGAAUCCGAUGCCUGGCCUGCUGAGCCUCAAGACGCCUAUGGCUUGGAGAAGCUUGCAACUGAGGAGUUGUGCAAGCACUACACCAAGGACUUUGGCAUCGAGUGCCGCAUUGGCCGUUUCCAUAACAUCUAUGGUCCCUUCGGUACAUGGAAAGGUGGUCGUGAGAAGGCACCUGCUGCCUUCUGCAGAAAAGCUCAGACAUCAACCGAGAGGUUUGAGAUGUGGGGCGAUGGCCUCCAAACCCGAUCCUUCACUUUCAUCGACGAAUGCGUCGAGGGUGUUCUAAGAUUGACCAAGUCCGACUUCCGCGAGCCAGUGAACAUUGGGAGUGACGAGAUGGUGAGCAUGAACGAGAUGGCUGAGAUCGUGCUGAGCUUUGAGGAUAGGAAGCUGCCCAUCCACCACAUCCCUGGUCCAGAGGGUGUCCGCGGGCGCAACUCUGACAACACCCUUAUCAAGGAGAAGCUCGGGUGGGCUCCGACAAUGAAGCUCAAGGACGGGCUUCGGUUCACCUACUUCUGGAUCAAGGAGCAGAUCGAGAAGGAGAAGAUCCAGGGCAUCGACAUCGCGGCGUACGGGUCCUCUAAGGUGGUGUCGACCCAGGCGCCCGUGCAGCUGGGCUCCCUCCGCGCCGCCGACGGCAAGGAGGGCCUCUGAGUGCCGAUCCCAUAGCUGCAUACGGAAGCUGUCGGAGAGUUGUUGGGACGGUAGAAAGAGUACACAACAGCAAACAUACGGUUUAGCCCCUUUGAGGGGGGUUAGAGACGAUCGAUCGUGUUCCAUUCUGUAUUCACCACCCCAUUAGUUUUUGUGUCAUCUUGGUAAUUGCCUGUGUAUUUUCACAUUCAGUUUGCUCCUAUGCCCGUGAUGGACAAUAAAAUCCCCUGUUUCUAUCAUGUAUAUGAAGUUACUCGCGAGUGCCAUUGGCCUGCAAUUUACGGUAUGUGUGAUGUACGACA